CCUCGGGGUGGGUGGGGCAGCAUUACAUCCUCGUAUAAAAAGUAAAACAAUACAGAUACAUCACACAUGUAAGCUAUACAGUAGGUGGAGGUAAUAGGCUACUCAUGAGGAGUUAGCGAGGCGCGUUGAAAGCGAAGAAGAAGGUUUUGUCGCAGAUGUGCUGCGACUAUCAUGAACUCUCCAGACUACGAUGACAGCACCGCGUUCCUGGGAGACUGGGGACCUUUCCAAAGGAAUCUGUUCAUUCUGUUGUGUUUCAGCAUUAUUCCCAAUGGCUUCACGGGGUUAUCCAUGGUUUUCAUGGGCGAUACACCCGCUCAUCACUGUCUGAUUCCCGCGGCGCUGAACAUCACGGGUGAAUGGAGAAACGCGUCCAUUCCUCUGGACGAGGAGUCUCGCCUCAGUAAAUGCUCUCGACACCGAGUGGACAUCGUGAAAAACUACUCGGACAGGGGUUUGAUCCCGUGGGUGGAUGUGAAUGUCUCGGAUAUUCCUCGAGAAACCUGUAUGGACGGCUGGGUGUAUGAUAAUGAAAUAUACAUCUCCACGAUUGUUACUGAGUGGGAUUUGGUGUGUUCGGAUGACUGGAGAGUGCCAUUGACCACCUCUCUCUUCUUCUCUGGGGUUUUGACUGGUUCUGUCAUCUCUGGACAGGUUUCUGACAGGUUUGGCAGGAAAAUAGUGCUGUUUAUUACCAUGGGGAUUCAGACGGCAUUCACCUUCAUUCAAGUCUUUUCCCCAUCCUGGGUGAUGUUUUGCGUGUUGUUUUUCAUUGCUGGAAUGGGCCAGAUUUCAAACUAUUUGACAGCAUUUGCUUUAGGAAUGGAAAUAUUCAGCCCAUCCGUUCGUGACAUCUACUCCACUCUUGGCGUGUGUCUUUUCUUCUCCAUCGGGUACAUGAUGCUUCCCCUGGCGGCCUACUUCUUGCGAGACUGGAGAACGCUGUUGCUGGUCCUCACCAUCCCUGGAUUCUUCUGCAUGCCCCUAUGGUGGUUUAUCCCAGAGUCUCCGCGAUGGCUGCUGUCUCAGGGGAGGGUCGCAGAGGCCGAGGAGAUUCUGAGAAAGGCUGCCAAGAUGAACGGGGUUAAGGCCCCUGAAGUCAUGUUCCCCCUUCAUCAGUCAAAGGGUAGUGCUGGAAGUUUGAAGACCUACAGUCUCUGUGACCUGGUGAAGUCCACCAACAUCCGCUGCAUUACUGUCCUGCUGUGCCUGGUCUGGUUUGCCGUUUCGAUUGGAUACUGUGCCUUGUCUCUGAACACGUCCAGUCUACAUGGAAACAUCUUCCUGAACUGCUUCUUGUCGGCAGUGGUGGAGGUGCCGGCGCUCCUCAUGGCCUGGCUGAUGCUCCGCCGCCUGCCACGCCGCCUCUGCUUGUCCUCCACCCUGUCACUCGGAGGACUGCUUCUUCUCUUCAUUCACCUCAUACCACAACAUAUGAGUUAUGUUACCAUAGCUCUGGUGAUGCUGGGAAAGUUCGGUCUGUCGGCAGCGUUCUCGAUCGUGUACCCAGCGACUGCCGAGCUUUACCCCACCGUGGUGAGGGGCACGGCUUUGGGAACCUGCUCCAUGGCAUCCAGAGUGGGCAGCCUUUCUGCACCAUACUUCAUCUACUUAGGAGGCUUCUACAAGUCUCUGCCGUACAUCUUAAUCGGCAGUCUGAAUGUCCUCUCCGGCUUGCUGUACCUCCUUCUCCCGGAGAGUUUCGGAUCUCCUUUACCCGAGACCAUCAGUCAGAUGCAGACUUCAGUUUGGUGUAAAAGAAGGCCUUCUACUUGCAGCUCAACCAACAGUAAAUGUGAAGAGGAGUACGAGUCUGAACGCUUAUAAUGGAUCGAAGGAUUAUUAAUGAUUAUAAAAGCUCUGUAAACUAACUUCUGAUUUCCACUGUAAAAAAGGCAAAACUUUGUAUAAUUUUUGGAAUAGAGCCUCUAUUUGUAAUAACUAUUUCUGUAAAAAUAUGAUACGGUUCAUUUAUGGAAUGUUCUUUGGUCCGAAAUGUGAUAAAGGCUACAUACAGUGUGUAUGUAACAAUACAUUUUACCUUUUGACAUGA